CUCCCCCUUGCGAUGCCGACAGACCGGUCUUUGUUUCGUAACAUUCACUUGUAUGUUGGAAGUACUGGAGAACCUAUAGGAGGGCUUUGGUAGGAGGGCUCUCUGACUGAGGAUAAUCUGCUCUGGAUGCUCGGACGGAUCCUUCUUAUUGUCAACGAAGAUUGGACUGUGAGACAUAGGGCUUCUGGUCGGAUCGUCACACCAUCAAGCAACCCUGCUGCUACUGGGGAGUAUGAUCUCUAUAGCAAUGGUAACAUUAGAGUGACCGACGAACCAUGGGAUGCCCGGUUGAUCAGUCAUUCUAUCUCUAGUCGAGAAGUCUCAUUCCGCCAGGGUGUCCGAGAAAGAGACGGCAAAUGCGUCAUAACUGGACAGCCCAACAGACUCGCUGCAGCAGGUUCCUGGAUCGGAUAUCAUGGCAACAUUAUGCCAGGAACCGGAUGGCAAGGAGAGAUUCGAAAUGGAGCUUUCCCGAAGACUGAGAGUAACUAGGGAAGAAGAGACGGAUGUCCUAGGUCGUCGAGAGAUUUUCUGAAUGAAUAUGACUUGGGGUCCCGCCAGGAGGGGUUAUGCUUGCAUGAAAUAGCCUGCUUCGAUGCCUAUUUCAAUACCUAUUUCAAUACCUAUAUAGGGGUUGGUCGAUGCCUGCGGGCUCUUCGCCAGCGUAGUUCCUAUCCCGGGCGUAUUUCUGAU